CAUCAGAUGAUUUUACUCUGUGUGUGUGAUUUCGGUGUGAUUUUCUAAAAUAAUUUUAUAUCUUACUAUUUAAAGAUAAGAAAGAAUUAUUUAAUUGUGUUGAUUUAUAGUAAGACUACCACGUAACAGACAGUAAAAAAAAUAAGUAUGUUUCGGAAUGUACUACUUCCACUUUCACGAUCCAGUUUACAGCUUACGUUUGCUAGAAAUGUAGCCCGAAAGAGAGUGCCAAAGGUGGAUAAGAAACUUCAGGCACAGCAGGAGUCCUUAGCAUCCAGAGGAUUCCUACGUCCAAAUAAACCAUACACUCCUCCAGAGAAUGUUGAAGAGACAAUUAAGCAAAUCUGUGCCACCCACGGCUUGGACCCAAGCUCAGAGUUCUCAGGACUGGAUGUAAAGUUUGCAGUGCUGAACGCCUGCUUCAAAGAGACGGGCCACAGUGUGCCAAACUCGCUCCUUCAUUCUAUUGAAUGUGUUGAUGACUUGUUGAUGUUCUACGCAACUCCAGUUGACACAAGAACACCAUUUGAUGCCCUCAAGUCUAUGGAUCUGCCAAAGAACCUCCACAUACAAGAAGACUAUGUCAGGUUCCAUCCAGACAAAGACCCACUAUUUGGUGGUAAAACAGCAUUUCCUAAGAGCUCCACCAUCGUCUCUGGUAUCAAGACUAGGAAGAAGUAUGAAGGACAUGUAGCCAAGAGAUCCUGGCCAUAGAAAUUUAAUGUGUUUGAUUGUAAGAAAUGUAUGUAUUUUUAGUUAAUUAAAAUCUGUUAGAUUGUG